AGGCAGGGAGGGAGGCUGUCCGUCCACCAGGCCGCGCUGUCGAGUUUGACAGCUCUCGCGUCUCCCACACAUCCAUGAACCGGGAGGGCUGAGGGAGAGCGGCCGGGACUGGAUCCACCACCCGCCGCGUUUCCCAUCCCUGAUGGCGGAGACCAAGAUCAUUUACCACAUGGACGAGGAAGAGACGCCGUACUUGGUGAAGGUGGCGGUGCCGCCGGACCGGGUCACUCUCGGUCACUUCAAGCAGGUCCUCAACAACAGGCCGAGCAGCAGCUUCAAAUUCUUCUUCAAGUCCAUGGACCUGGACUUCGGGGUUGUGAAGGAAGAGAUUUCUGAUGAUAAUGCCAAGCUUCCUUGCUUCAAUGGAAGAGUCGUUUCAUGGUUGGUGCUGGCUGAAGGCUCGCUUUCUGACGGGGGCUCCCAGUGUGCAGAGAGUCAAUCAGAGCUACCUCCCCCCAUUGAGAGGACGGGAGGCAUCGGCGACUCCAGGCCACCAUCGUUUCAUGCUAACACUGCCGGCAGCCGGGAUGGUUUGGACAAUGAUACUGGAACAGAAUCAAUCCUGAGCAUCAGACGGGAGCGGGAACGACAUCGACGAAGGAACAGAGAGCGAGAGAUGCACGAUGAUGGCAGGCUACCAAUACUUAAGGAGAUACAAGGCACUGCUGAUGCUGGUUUACAAAGAAAUGACACAAAGUGCUGGAGUAACUCAGCAGGCCAGGCAGCAUCGCUGGAGAACAUGGUUGCACGAGUAAAUGGACACCCAAAACCAGAUCGGCAUCGCAAUCCAGGUGGUUACGAUAGUGCCUCCACUGUGAUGAGCAGUGAAUUGGACUCAAGCAGCUUUAUUGACUCUGAUGAUGACAAUACUAGCAGGCUAAGCAGCUCGAUGGAGCAGAGCACUUCGUCUCGACUCAUGAGGAGGCACAAACGUAGGAGGCGGAGGCAUCGCAUGAGACAGAUGGACAAGUCCUCAUCAUUGAGCAGUAUCACAGACUCCACCAUGUCACUCAAUAUUAUCACUGUGACGCUAAACAUGGAGAAGUACAAUUUCCUGGGGAUCAGCAUCGUUGGUCAGAGUAAUGACCGGGGAGACGGCGGGAUUUACAUUGGGUCGAUAAUGAAGGGAGGAGCAGUGGCAGCUGAUGGCAGAAUUGAGCCUGGUGACAUGCUUCUGCAGGUCAAUGACGUCAACUUUGAAAACAUGAGCAAUGAUGAUGCUGUGAGGAUUCUACGGGAAAUAGUCUCAAAGCCUGGACCCAUCAGCUUAACAGUAGCCAAGUGUUGGGACCCCACCCCCAGGAGCUAUUUCACCAUUCCCAGGACAGAACCAGUGAGACCUAUUGACCCAGCAGCCUGGAUCUCUCAUACCACUGCCAUGACAGGAUCAUUCCCCCAUUACGGCAUGAGCCCUACCACCAGUGCCAUUACUUCCACCAGUUCGUCACUAACCAGCUCCAUCCCAGAUUCGGAAAAGUUUGAAGAUUGGCCACUAACGGUUAAAAGUGAGAUGCCAAUCAUCGUCAAGGCAAUGCAGUUGUCUGACUCGGGACUGGAGAUCCGUAAUAGACUGUGGUUGAAGAUCACCAUUUCAAAUGCUGUCAUUGGAGCUGAUGUAGUCGACUGGCUUUUCUCACGCGUGCAGGGAUUUAAAGAUCGGCGCGAAGCAAGAAAAUAUGCAAGCAGUAUGCUGAAGCAUGGCUACCUCAGGCAUACAGUCAAUAAAAUUACCUUCUCUGAGCAGUGUUACUAUAUCUUUGGGGACCUCACUGCCAAUAUGGCUGGCUUGAGCUUAAAUGAAGGUUCCAGUGGCACAUCAGAACAUGACAUUCUUGCACCUCUCCCACAUCCAGCGUGCCCCUGGCAGUUGGCUCAGGGGUUCCCGUAUCAGUAUCCACUGCCUCAGUCGUAUUAUCCUGCGACAUGCCAAGAGCCUACCCCAAACUAUGGAAAUGGCAGUGCUGGAAGCCAGCAGAGUGAAGGAAGCAAAAGCAGUGGAUCUAUUCGGACUGUUGGUGAGAGAAGAAGCUCAAUGGGGAAGGAAAAGGAGCAGAAAACAGAGUCAAAGAAAGUGGGGGUUGAGGGCGAACCUGACCGCCCCACUGGGAACAUUUUGCAUUGUGAGCGACCAGCAAGCCAACUCAGUCACCACAGCCACUGUUCUCAUGGACUUCCAGGGGUUCUGCCAAUCUACCAGCCCCCAGUCCAAAAAGCAUGUGGGCCCCCUGGAGCUCCCCUUGUCCGGGAUCUAGCAGCUGUCCCCCCUGAGCUCAUCGGCAGCCGGCAAUCCUUCCAAAAGGCCAUGGGGAAUCCAUGUGAGUUCUUCAUCGACAUCAUGUGACAGUACUGACUUCUCACACUAAACAACACUGAAUUUUUUGCACACACCACUGUUUGAGACUCACCCCUAAUAUUUCAGGAACCUCAGGCUUCUAAUUCUAACCGUGAUUCAAUUUCUCAUCUGUCCUUGUUAAUAAGAACUUUAAAUUGAUUGGUUUUGGUAAAUAUUGGUGCCAAGCACUACAUUGUUUUGGUGUAUUCUACGUUUUGGUGCCGUCAUCAGCUUUUUUUGUACAUUUUAAAUGGAUGUUGAAGUUCUUCUGAUCUACUUAGAUGUUUAAAGGACUAUUUUAGUCCCUUUCUCACAGGUCCUCACCAUCCAGUCAUCUGCUUUUGUGACAGGGACUCCAUGUUUAAGUGCACCCCGACCUAUCAGUGUAGUUUGCCAAAUCCCUUCAGCAAGCAUCUUUUUGGUGUCUCCUUUUGCAACUCAGUAAUGCACAAGGCAACAACCUUUCAAAAAGUAGUUUAAAGAAUUUAAAAAUUCAUCACUUGACAUUUAAACAGCCCUUGCACUCAGCGACCUUCUCCUGCUGCAAGGAUAGAGGAAACUAUAUGGCACACCUUGUGCACUUAAUGUGUUGUCGACAUCCUCAGGCAGUCUGGAGGACUUGUAAUUUUGAUCAUAGCUACGGCUAAAUGACACCGAAUCAUUCAUAGUAUCAUUGCUAUUUAGUCAAUUUUUUAACGGUUUAUGCUCUGUCUGAAACAGCUGCUUGUUAUAAAUGAUACCUUUCCUUUGCUUUUUUUUUGUUGCCAUUCCCAGCAACGAGUUGUAAGGAUAUGAUUCUGUUGUGUUUUUUCCCCCAAAUUUUCACUUUACCCUUGAGAAAAUGCUGACUCUUUCAGAGGUUCAGACACCUCCUCUCUUAAAGGUGUUCACUCAUGCUGGGUUAGGUCCCUCCUCUUCUCCUGAAAUGCUGGCUCUGACUGGGAUCCACAUCUGCCCAAUAAGUGACUAUCCUUCAUCCUUUCUCUCGGCACCCCUGCAGGUAGGCUGAAAGGUAAAUUACAAAAUCUUGCUAGAGGCUGUCCUGACAAUUUAUGUAUGAAUGUACAAACAUACAAAGUAGGAGCAGGAAAACAAAAAGUUCCGUCCAUCUCGCUCUUAAAUGAGUGAGCCUUGAUUUUUCAGCAGUUUCCACUAGUUUAGGUUCUCUCACGAAAGGAAACAUUGUUUCCACCCGUACUGUUAAAAUCCCUCAGGUUCUCACAUGUUUAAUUCAAGUCCCCUCUCACACUUCUAAGAAUACUAACGUGGCCUGCUGUGAAGAAAAUGUUGACUUUACUAAGAUUCAAACAUCACUUCUGAAUCUUUGUCAUAAGAAAACACGCCCAUUCAAGACAUUAGUCUAAUAAACUUUGCCAGAAAUGCUUCCAACACAUUAACAUCCUUCCUUUAACAGAGACUAAUAGUACUCCAGGUGUACUUUCAUCUAUGCCCUAUCUAUUUUGACUUUUUUAGAAGGUACUAAGCGAGUUGUUUUUCGGAUAGAAAAAACAACAAAUAAAAAUAAAAACCAAACCUAAAUGGAAAGUCGCCCACAAGACAUUAGCUUACUGCGCACACCAUCAGGUUAGCAACCUUUCACAUCAUUUGAAGCAUGAGAAGAAUUAAGACAUUUAAGAGGAAUCUGGUCAGACACUUGAACGAGUAAGGUAUAGAGGGAUAUGGAAUUAAUGCAGGCAAGUGGAAUGAAUAUAGAUAGGUGAUGGGCGGUAUAGACACGGAGGCCAGACAGCCUGUUCCUAAGUUGUUCAUCUGUGAUUCUGACUGCAAAGGAUAAUUUCAUGUUUUUGUAUGUUAUAUUCCACUUGCCAGAUCUUUGUUGACUCACUUAACCUAUUUAUAUUCCUUCUUAGUGUCCUUAUAACAUCUUCCCAACUUGCUUUCCUGUCUCUGUUUUUGUGUCGCCGGGAUAUUUAUUUUUGUGCAACAAAUAUACCUUAGGUGCCUUCGUCCAAGAUGUAUAUAAAUUGUAAAAAUAAAAAGCCGAGCACCCAGCUCCAGCACUCAUCCCUGCGGGCACAUCACACAUUACAUCUGACACUUCAUUCCUGUAUCCUGUUAACUAACCAAUCAUCUAAUAACAUGGAGUUUUAAUCUUCUGCCCAAACUAAGCCUACAUUGCUAACUCUACCAUUAACCAUGACAAUAAUUUUGCCACUCUCACUCUCUCUCGCCCCCCCCCCCCCCCCCCCCCCCCCCCCCAGUUCUCAGCCUCCGCUCUCCCAAUACCUUUUCUUAAAAUCAGAAUGCAGGGGAACAUUUUGCACUGGGGAGUGCAUCGCACAGAUUAAGAGAAUGAUGCUGGAAUGGGAAACCUGAAAAAGCAGACAUAAACAGCCAGGGGUCUUGUGUGUAACGAUAGUUUCCUUCUAUUUCAGAGAAUGAGGAAAUGGUGCAGUACAGGGAGUCAGAUUCAAUUCCAUCAGGUCUAAGUACAGCUUCAGUCAGAGCGUCAGAGUGUGAAGGGCACUGGAUUAAUCUUACGUUCUGGUUGUAGCCUAUUCCUUGGCGCAGGUGAGUGUGAAUGCUGUCACAUUUGCACAAGUAGCAGCAUUCCGGGACUAUGAAACAUUAUUUGAAGAAAAUAAACAUUUCAAAGCUUCAAUAUUAGCAUAUAGUGAAGCAGCUUGAAACAUUGCUUCAUCCUGUGGGCAUCGAGAGAAAGAGCUCGGAGGAUUGGUAGAUCGUGCGAGGUCAGCAGUAAACAAGGCUCAAUCCUUGAACAUUGAAACAAGUUGGUCCAACACUGUGGAUUGUAAUAAUGAUAAUGAUGCAGAUUUAUUGAAAAGUUUAAGAAUACUAAUCGUAAUUAAGAGAAAAUGUAAAAAGAAAUGUACAGUAGAAGAUAAAAUUUUAUUAAAUUAAUUAUUGUAACUAUUCUGUAGAUCAAACUCAAUGAAAGAAGUUUGAUCCAAACUGCAGAUCAGUUGUUGGGAGCUGUCAUUGUGUGUACCAAUGUUGUAGAUACUGUAUUCAGUUCCUGUGUCUCUAUAGUUAAUAUAUCGCUGCCUUGGUGUAAAGCUAUUUUAAACACUAAAACAAAAUCACAUUUUUCUUGCCUUA